UGGGCGGGUGCGGCUCGCAGCGUCUGUGGUAACCUGGGCCCGGGAGAAGAAAGGGAGCGAAGCGGAAAGAAAAUGACGGCUGGUUCAGUGUGUGUCCCUCAGAUCAUACCACUGCGAGUGCCUCAGCCUGGAAGAGCAAACCAUGAAAUCGAUCACAACACUCUCUUGGAAAUGAAAUCAGAUACCCCAGAUGUCCAAAUAUACUAUACCCUAGAUGGCAGCAAACCUGAAUUUCUAAAGAAAACAGGUUAUGGUGAAAAUAACACAUUGAAGUAUACAAAACCUAUUACUCUGCCUGAUGGAAAAAUACAAGUGAAGGCUGUUGCCGUCUCUAAAGACUGUAGACAGAGUGGGGUGGUAACAAAGGUGUUUCAGGUAGACCAUGAGCCACCAACUACGGCCUCUUCUGAAGAAAACACUGAAGAUGUUCUCAGAGUUUCUUCAACACAGGAGCUAAGAAAUGGGUAUGUUGGAUCAAAACUAAAGAAGAAAUACAAGAGCACGGAAAACAAAUCUAGUUGGAGUGUGAACUUUAGAAAGGUCCCAGACCUUGGGGUGGAUGAAAGAACAGACCCAAAAGUUCUGAGAGCUCUCAGCUUCUCCAAGAGCCCACCAGAAGUUCCAGCUUGCCGCAAGGGAUCAGGGUUCAGCCCCGUCCCUCGCCAGUUCCAGUCACCAGCUUUUGCACACAUACCUGGCCAGAAGAGUUUGACAAGCACGGAGAUCAUGAGAAUUCAAAGAGAGACGGACUUUCUUAAGUGUGCCCACUGCCUGGCCCCCCGCCCACCUGAUCCCUUUGCUCGUUUCUGUCAAGAAUGUGGCUCUCCUGUCCCACCCAUAUUGGGCUGUCGUCUCCCACCCCCAGAAGGAGCCCAGAUGGGCUUGUGUGCCGAGUGCGGAAGCCUGGUGCCCAUGAACACUCCCAUCUGUGUGGUGUGCGAGGCUCCCCUGACACCGCAGCUACGGCCACAGGCCAGCCUCCACUUGAAGGAGAAAGCGGUCUGCCAUAGUUGUGGCACGGGCAAUCCCGCUCACCUGAGAUACUGCGUCACGUGUGAGGAGGUCCUGCCUUCGUCACGAGAGGGGAUGUGCAACGGAGAUAAAGGCCCUCCCCCAUCCACUCCGAAAGGGGAGAUCACUUCCUGCUGCCAAUGUGGUCGCCAGAACCUCCGGCAGGCGAGCUUCUGCGACUGGUGUGGAGUCACGCUUGGCAUUCCCUCUGCUUACUCUGUGUGCUCCAAAUGUGGGGCCAGCAAUCACCUGUCUGCCCGAUUCUGUGGCUGCUGUGGCAUUUACAUGAAGUCCUUGGCAAGAGUUAGCUUGGAUGGCAGUCGCCCAUUUUCUGAGCCCCGGCAUGCCUGGCUGCCCCUCAGUGUUCCUGCACCUGCACCUGAUGCCGGCACUAAGAAGGACAUGGGCACACAGACCGUUGGCUUGUUCUACCCGUCUGGCAAGCUCCUGGCCAACAAGGAACGGGAGCUGGCCUCUGAGAAACUGAGGCAGGAGAAGAUGAGUGACCGUAGGCCGCUGCUCACGGCAGUCAGCCCAGGCAGAGGAUACUGGCGAAAGCAGGUGGAUCACAUCUCUGCCCACCUCAGGUCUUAUGCUCAGAACAACCCUGAAUUCCGGGCCUUGAUCGCAGAACCCAGGAUGGGAAAGCUUGUUUCUGCUACUGUCCACGAAGAUGGUUGUGAAGUUAGCAUCAGACUGAAUUAUAUUCAAGUCUCAAACAAGAACCUGUACCUCAGCAAGGCGGUGGCGUUCAGCGACUACUUCCUGAGCACCGUCCCCGAGGGUGCUGACAGGCUGUGUGGCAGCAGGUCCAGCUUGGUAAGUGACCACAGCCACAGUGCCUCAGACACCGCGGAGAAAGCCAGGAGAGCGAGGAACUGUAAGGCCAAAGCAUUCCGGGAGAAGAAGCAGCAGCUUGCACCAGAAGACAGACUCCUGCUGAAGGAAGUGGGACCGACAGGGGAAGGGAGAGUGCCUGUGGUUGAACAGCUGCUGGAUGAGGGAGCAGACCCUAACUGCAGUGAUGAGGAUGAACGACCUGCUCUCACCGUGGCUGUUGUCAAUAAGCAUCAUGAAGCAAUCCCGGUCCUGGUGCAGAGGGGAGCAGACGUCGACCAGCAGUGGGGACCGCUCCGGAAUACUGCUCUCCAUGAGGCAGCUCUGCUUGGCCUGGCAGGAAGGGCGAGUGUCGUCACGCUGCUGGGAUGCAACGCAAGCGUCAGAAAGAAGAACACACAAGGCCAGACUGCCUACGACCUGGCGCUGGAAACUGGGGACGACCUCAUCACCUCGCUGCUUGCCACUAAGUCUGGCCAAGAUCUCAAGGACCACGUGAAGCAACACAGGAAACUCAGCCUGGAUGACCAGGCGCCCUGAGGUCUUCGUGCCCACAUCCAUCCAGUUCUUGCUAAGGGUCUAACUGAAGUCGGGUAUCAAGGUUGCAAGGAGUACAUGAGAUUUUUUUUUUCCUCUAAAGCUGUAUGACAGCAUAAAUCACUAGUACCACGUGGGCAGCACCCAAUAUACUCUGAAUUGUGGAGAACUUCAUGUACUUAAUGGUUAUCGGAUUUCAGGGGGAUUUGUUUUUUUUUAGUUUUUAUUUUUCAAUAGAUGGCAAUCACAUAUGAUUCAAAGCUAAAAUGCAUCAAGCACUGGGCAGUGAAGUGGCCCUCCUGUGCCUGUUCCCCAGCCACCACUUCCCUCCUUAGCAGCACUAGUGUCACUAGGGCCAGCGGUGGCCUUCCAAGAUAUGCACAUCCCUGUGCGGA